AUGACUCUCGAGGCUACAAUGAUCAUUGUUGACAACAGUGAAAGCAGUAGAAAUGGAGAUUAUCUGCCAACGAGAUUCGAUGCUCAGGCCGAUGCUAUCAACCUUAUCCAUUCGGCAAAAACGCAAGCAAACCCCGAGUCCUCUGUUGGUUUAAUGAGCAUGGGUGGCAACGGUCCAGAGGUUCUAGUUACAUUCACUGUGGAUAUCGGACAAAUAUUAGAAGGUCUUCAUCGGUCAAAGAUUCGGGGAAAUGCCCAUCUAUCUUCGAGCAUACAGGUUGCACAUUUGGCUCUGAAGCACCGAAAAGAGAAAGCCCAGCGACAGCGAAUCAUCGUGUUCAACUGUUCACGUGUUGAGGAAGAUGAGAAAUCUCUCAUUAAGCUUGCACGGAAAAUGAAAAAACAUAACGUCAAUGUAGAUUUUGUUGUUUUUGGCGAUCUGGACUCGGAAACAACGAAGAAGAUAAAAGCCUUCCAUGAUAACGUCAACAGCACCAGCAACAGCUCUCAUAUGGAAAUAAUACAUCCCGGUCCGAACCUGUUAAGUGAUUCGCUCAUUGCCACACCGAUAAUAGGCGGAGAGGCAAUGGGUGGCCGCGAGGGAGAUGAAGGAGGCAACGGGUUCGAAUUCGGUAUUGACCCGUCUGCAGAUCCCGAAUUGGCUUUCGCCUUACGGAUGUCCCUUGAGGAAGAAAAGGCUCGACAGGAAAAAGAGAAGCAAGAGCAAGAAAAGCAAGGAAAGGAAAAUCUCGAGGGUAUUCCAGAAGAAUCGCAGCCUCUUCUUGGCCAAGAGUCAUCCGGUGGUGACAAAAAGGACAAGGGGAAUGAUGGCAACAAAAAGGAUAAGGGGAACGAUGGCGACAAAAUGGACACCUCAUGA